AUGAUGUGCAUUAUUGGUAGUGCUUGUCCCCUUCGUUCAAAGCACAUUUAUGCCUUACUGAUUGUUGAAUCAGCUACAAUUCUAUCUGUAACUUCGUCCACAGUAUUUUGUGAGGAAUGCUCUUGUUGGCCACUUCAUGGUCUUGCCUUUUUCGUCAUUUCUGCUGUUUGGAUACGUAGCAAAUGGACUUUGGAACUUCCAGUUGAAAAGUGUGUGUGCAUAAUUGUGGUUCCAGUAAAUGUGAAAUCCUUUUCCAUAAAAAUAGGUUCACUUGUUCAUAUAUCAUCCUUUAAUCAACUUUUUUAUAUUAAGGAUAAAUGGAAUGCAAACGGUGAAGAUGCUGGUAGUGAUGGAUGGGGUACGGCUUCUAGCAAACAACUGUGUCAAAUUCUUAAAAUACACAGUCUGUUCGGCACUUUCUGCUGA